AUGGCCUCAACGACAACUUCAUCCUCUGCUCUGUCUCUCUCUUCCUCAUCCACCCUCGUCGACGGCAAGCCUCCUCUUCACCUCCAGCCACCCUCCCAGUGCGUGUCCCUCCCUCCUUUCCCCUCCUCUCAGCAGGUCCAUCAGCAGCACCGCUCCACCUGGAAGUCCACUGCUUAUUGUGCGCCUCCUGCCGCUCCACCUUUCACCCCUCCGGCUUCUGCUUCGUUUUUCUUUUCCAUUCAUUAUUCUCGCAGUGUUGCAAUGUAUAUUGAUCAUUUUGUCCUCCUCUUUUCUCUUCCAGGCGGCAAGAUCGCACGCAAUGUCAUGGCUUUGGCAACUGGAGAGGCUCCUGCUGAGGUUGCAGCCACGGAGCUGCCUGUGAUAUUCAAAACGGUUAAAGAAGCUUGGGAUAACGUGGAAGACAAGUAUGCCGUGACUUCACUGGGAGUAGCUGGUGCUGUUGCCUUGUGGGGCUCUACUGGAAUGAUCUCGGCUAUCGAUAGGCUCCCUUUGAUUCCUGGUGUUCUCGAGCUGGUGGGCAUUGGAUAUACUGGGUGGUUUGCGUAUAAGAACCUUAUCUUCAAACCAGAUAGGGAAGCUCUAUUAAGGAAAAUCAAGGACACAUACCGCGACAUCAUUGGAAGCAGCUGA